ACUUCCGGUUGUCAGUCUCCUGACGCGCAGCGGCUGCGGCGGGGACGCGGUGGAGGUCCCGGGCUCCGUGGGCCGGCCUCUCUCGUCCUCGUUCGCAGGUCCGAGAUGCAUCCGCGGCGCCCUGAGGGCUUCGACGGCCUGGGCUACCGGGGAGGCGUGCGGGACGAUCCAGCUUUCGGCGUCCCCUUCCAUGCGCGCUCCUUCGGUUCUGGGUCGGACCUGGGCCACUGGGUGACGACGCCCCCAGACAUCCCGGGCAGCCGCAACCUGCACUGGGGCGACAAGAGCCCUUCGUACGGGGUGCCGUCCGCCCCCACGACACUCGAGGGCCCCGCGGAGGAGCCCUUUCCCGGCGGCGGGGACGGCCCACAGCCGGGCCGGAGCAGCGAACAGUUGAAUAGAUUUGCCGGAUUUGGUAUUGGACUUGCAAGUCUCUUUACAGAAAAUGUACUGGCCCAUCCUUGCAUUGUUUUACGCCGCCAAUGUCAGGUUAAUUAUCACGCUCGGCAUUAUCACCUCACUCCGUUUACAGUCAUCAACAUUAUGUAUAGCUUCAACAAAACUCAGGGACCAAGAGCCCUAUGGAAAGGAAUGGGAAGCACAUUUAUUGUCCAAGGAGUCACACUUGGAGCAGAAGGCAUAAUUAGUGAAUUUACACCUUUACCGAGGGAGGUUUCACACAAAUGGAAUCCUAAACAAAUAGGUGAACACCUUCUACUGAAAUGCCUAACAUAUAUGGUGGCCAUGCCUUUUUAUUCAGCAAGUCUGAUUGAAACAGUACAGAGCGAGAUAAUCCGAGAUAAUGCUGGCAUCCUGGAAUGUGUUAAAGAAGGCAUUGGAAGGGUGAUAGGCUUGGGAGUGCCUCACAGCAAACGCCUGCUUCCGUUGCUCUCAUUGAUCUUCCCCACAGUGCUGCAUGGAGUUCUUCAUUACAUCAUCAGCUCUAUUAUUCAGAAGAUUGUCCUCCUAAUUCUGAAGAGAAAGACCUAUAAUAGCCACUUAGCUGAGAGCACUAGCCCCAUGCAGAGUAUGUUGGAUGCUUAUUUUCCAGAACUUAUUGCUAACUUUGCUGCCAGCCUUUGCUCUGACGUUAUUCUUUACCCAUUGGAAACCGUUCUGCAUCGACUUCAUAUUCAAGGAACACGCACAAUAAUUGACAAUACAGACCUUGGCUAUGAAGUACUUCCAAUUAAUACACAGUAUGAAGGAAUGAGAGACUGUAUAAAUACCAUCAAGCAGGAGGAAGGAGUGUUUGGCUUUUAUAAAGGGUUUGGUGCUGUUAUAAUACAGUAUACACUGCAUGCAGCCAUCUUACAGAUUACCAAAAUUAUUUACUCCACACUUCUUCAGAAUAGCAUUUGACAUUGAUGAUUGGCUGACCCAAAAAAUAUGGAUAAUUUGCUAUGAUAAUAAAAGUAAAAUACCACGUGGAAAGAAAUAGGCUGGGAAUUAAGACUGGUGGAAAGCCUCAUGCUGAUUAUUCUGACUUCUCAUUUUUCCUGAGGCAUAGAUACAUACACACAUAUAUAUAUAUAUACAUAUAAAAUACUUGAUGGAAACCUUUCCAAAAUUUAAAACUCAAUAAAGGUAGUACUUUAAAUUUAAAAUGUAAAAUUACAUUUUAGUAUAACACUCAUGCUGAAGUAAAAUUGAUCCUGAAUAGAAAAGAAAAUGUAUUAAGUGUAAAAUGAAAUUGCAAUGAUUUGAAUCUAUUUUACUGACUUCAAUAUUUGUUACAUGUCUGUUUAACCUGGAUUUAGGUCAAUGUGGUAAUUCUUAAAGCAGUGGGUAAUAUCAUGAGGUAUUUUACCUUUAAGCAAAUAGAUUACAUCAUUGAAGAAAACUAAUGAUUAGAUUUGGCACUAUGUAAGCAGGGGUUGAAG